AUGCUUUCCAGGGCCAAACCUGCCGUAGGCGGGGACCUGCCCCUCGCUGACAAAAGAAGGAGGAAGGGUCGGAAGAUCCCAAAGCUAGAGGAGCUGCUUUCUCAGAGAGAUUUCACUGGUGCUAUCACCCUGCUGGAGUUCAAGCGUCACGUUGGGGAGGAGGAGCAGGACUCGAACCUGUGGAUCGGAUACUCGGCGUUUCAUCUGGGUGACUACAGGAGAGCUCUGGAGGAAUACGAAAAUGCAACAAAAGAGGAAAACUGCAAUCCUGAAGUCUGGGUGAACCUGGCCUGUACCUAUUUCUUUCUGGGGAUGUAUAAGCAAGCUGAAGCAGCUGGAUUUAAAGCUCCAAAAAGCCGACUCCAGAACCGCCUGCUCUUCCACUUGGCUCACAAGUUUAAUGAUGAAAAGAAGCUGAUGAACUUCCACCAGAACCUUCAGGACAUCACGGAAGAUCAGCUGAGCUUGGCCUCAAUCCACUACAUGCGCUCCCACUACCAAGAGGCCAUCGACAUAUACAAGCGCAUACUGCUGGAUAACAGGGAGUACCUUGCUCUCAAUGUGUAUGUGGCCCUGUGUUACUACAAGCUGGAUUACUAUGAUGUGUCCCAGGAAGUCCUGGCUGUCUACCUUCAGCAGAUCCCUGACAGUACCAUCGCGCUCAACCUGAAGGCCUGUAAUCAUUUCCGCCUUUACAACGGCAAAGCAGCUGAGGCAGAACUCAAAAGCUUGAUGGACAAUGCUUCUUCUUCUUUUGAAUUUGCUAAAGAACUCAUCCGGCACAAUCUGGUGGUGUUCAGGGGAGGUGAAGGGGCCUUGCAGGUUUUGCCCCCCCUGGUGGAUGUCAUUCCUGAAGCGAGGCUCAAUUUAGUGAUUUACUACCUUCGCCAAGAUGAUGUACAAGAAGCUUACAACUUAAUUAAGGAUCUAGAACCUACUACUCCUCAGGAGUAUAUCCUCAAAGGAGUAGUCAACGCAGCCCUUGGCCAGGAAAUGGGGUCGAGGGACCAUAUGAAAAUUGCGCAGCAAUUCUUCCAGCUGGUGGGAGGAUCAGCGAGUGAAUGUGAUACGAUACCAGGGAGGCAGUGCAUGGCUUCCUGCUUCUUCCUCCUGAAGCAGUUUGAUGACGUCUUAAUUUACCUCAACUCAUUUAAGAGCUACUUCUACAACGAUGACAUCUUUAACUUCAAUUACGCACAAGCCAAAGCUGCGACAGGCAACACCAGGGAGGGCGAGGAGGUGUUCCUCCUGAUCCAGAGUGAGAAGAUGAAGAGCGACUACGUCUACCUCAGCUGGUUAGCUCGGUGCUAUAUUAUGAAUAAGAAACCGAGACUGGCCUGGGAGCUUUAUCUGAAGAUGGAGACGUCGGGAGAGUCCUUCAGCCUCCUGCAGCUUAUUGCGAAUGACUGCUACAAGGUGGGCCAGUUUUUCUACUCAGCCAAGGCCUUUGACGUCCUCGAGAGGCUGGACCCCAACCCUGAGUACUGGGAAGGCAAGCGGGGCGCCUGUGUGGGCAUCUUCCAGAUGAUCCUGGCGGGCAGAGAGCCCAAAGAGACCCUCCGAGAUGUGCUGCAUCUGCUGAGGAGCACGGGGAACACCCAGGUGGAGUACAUCAUCCGGGCCAUGAAGAAGUGGGCCAGGGAGAACAGGGUGCCUGUCUGA